UCUUAAGACGCUCUCAAGUGACCGUAUCUUUGUAACCCUGAUAAAUAUUCUUAGAAAUAUUUAUCUCUCACUGCACAGAUGGUAUUGGCUGUUGGUGUGUUCUUCCUCCUCUGUGGAAUCAGUGGACUGUUUACUGAAGCUAGGCCUUGGGGUCAUCUUCACAAGUACGAUUUGAAAUGUCCCGAAGGAUGGACUCAGUUGGAGGAUCACUGUUACAUCUUCCAGGCGGAAAACAGGACUUAUGCAGAUGCAGAGAGCACCUGCAACUUGUUAGGUGGGCACCUGGCCUCCAUCCACAGCGAGCUGGAAAACGAGCUGGUUAUUGAACUGGUGCGGGAGGCGUGUGCGGACUAUGCCUGGAUCGGACUCUAUGGCGCCGUUAAGCAGUGGUCCGGCUUCUACAGACUUUCCGACAAAGUUUGCUCCCCGUGUCCACUCUUCUCCGCCACCACUGUGAUUGUGGGAGGUAGCAUAGAUGGCAAUAUCUGCUUGAUCAGCGCCAUCACUCGUUGCUACCCGAGAGCCAACGUCGUUAACGCUCUUCGCUAA